AGUACAACAUUCUAGGAUCAUUUUCAGAAUUGGAAAGAAUGUCUGAGUACGUGCGGUGCGUGGUCACCGGGGAGGAAAAUGCACCGGGCGCGGCCGAAGCCUGUGCGGACGUGGUGUAUGCGAUUAAGCUCCGCUCCAAGUACCUUUACAUCCCUCCGAACCAGGUGGUCGCAUCAACCGCAGCGAGCGGGGGACAACACCUCGAAAAGCCGGCCGCGGAUGCCUUUUCCUACGAGUGCGAGAAUGGGGUUUUCACGGUCCAGGAACUUGUGGCCGACAGCACCGCCGAAAACAGCACGGGAAAAAUCCUGCCGCCGGCGCUGUUUCACGAGUUCUGCCAGGACGAAGCCAAACUCCGGAAUAUUUCGACGUCCGGCACCGUGAAGAGCUUCUGCAGGAGGGAGCUCGGGCUGCUCGCCCGGAGCUUUUCCAUCCACAAACUGCUGAACAGUCAGUCACGCGAGCAGCGGCAGGUGCAACAGUCGAAGGGGGAUUUCUACCGCCUCGCGAAAGUGGAUACCCACGUGCACCUGGCCGCGGCCAUGACGGCCAACCACCUGCUGGACUUCAUUCAACGGAAGUACCGGGAGCACGGUAUCAAAAGGAAAAAUGCUCCCUCCCCAUAUCAAAACGGAAAUCUGUGAUGCAGAUUUGUGGCCACAAUCCGCUCUGUCUUGCAGUAGAGGACUGCAGGCCCACAUCAAGCCUGAGUGGGGGAGGUUUUGGCCUAGGCGCUCAGCAUGACAAAAGUCCAUGCUGUAGGCCCAACAGCAUCACAAACCACCGGUAUAAUGCGGGGGGCCUUCUGAGUUUGCCUUCUUGCAAGACAGACGCGAUUUGUGGCCACAAAUCAGCAUCACAAAUUUCCGAAAGUAUACCUUUUCGGUAUGGGGAGGGGGGCUUUUUCCUUUUGAUACACGGCGACGAGAUCGUGUUGGUUGACCGGAAAACGAAGGAGGGGCUUAUCAAAUGCAAAUAUGUCUGGGUCUGGAAGUUUGUGAUGCUAAAGUUUAUAUAAAACUGGCGCUCUCAAGUGCAGCCAAGCAUGACAAGUAUACUUGACGCCGGCUGGUGCGUAGCGCGCAUGACAACCUACGUUUUUGCAGGACGAAAAAGUAGCGACUUUCUUGCUGGCUGUGCAACACAGAUUUUUCAGGAAUGCACGACAUGCAACACAAGUUCCACUUUUCCAGACCCAGACAUUUCUGCAAUGCAUAGGGCUGACGCUGAAACAAGUGUUCGCGAAGUCCGGGAUCCACUCCGCCGACGCCAUGACCGUGGAUAGUCUGGACGUGCAGGCUAUCCUCUGUAAAAACGUCCCCACCCUAUAGUCAAGAUGGGAACUUAGCAACACAAACCCAGAAGCUCAGGGAGCAACGCAUGACAAAUUCCAGUCCGUAGUGUAGAAGUGCAGUUUAGCAAGUGCAGCCGCAUCACAAAUUCAUCUGCUCAUCCCGUUUACAGCAUUGCAAACCCCAAAACACGAUUGGAAAUACCUUUCCCUCUCAUGGAGAUGUGCAUUACAAAUCUUCCUGUACUUAAUCGCAAAUCCGCACGAUAACUAUGGGGUUGGGACGUUUUUACUCAGGAUACAGGCAGAGGAAAAUCUGUUCGACCGGUUUGACCACUUCAACGCGAAGUACAACCCCUUCGGCAACAGUGAUCUGUAUAACCCGCUCAGGUGUUACAAUCUCAAACGUUGCACUAGAAUAUGGAAAUCUGUGAUGCAAGAGUGCAUCAUCUAGCCAACUCUCAUAGGAUUGCGCAUGACAAGUUCCGGAGCCCCAAACCCCACUACAAUCUGGCUAAAUUUGUAUUGCAAAAGGUGGAACGCUGUGCGAGUCUGUCAUGCUCAUCGUGCAACACAAAUUCCAGAUUCUAUUUUAACGUUUGAGAUUGUAACGUUUGAGCAAGUCAUAAUCUGCGCACCGUGUUUUUGAAAUCCUCCAACCACCUGAACGGCAAGUAUUUUGCGGAACUGACGAAAGAGAUCCUGGACCGCGACGAGCACACGGCGAUCUUUACGGAGUACCGGGUGUCGAUCUACGGCACCAACAAGAAGUAUGGGAGUGUCAGAUUCAAAAUCGCUAAAGUUGAAAUAAGUAGUUUGUGAUGCAUAAAAUGCAACCCACAAAAUGUCUGUCUUGCAGAGUACGCAAGACAGGCAGACUGUGAGCCUGUUGAGGGUAGAAGAAGUAGAGCUGCUAAAGUAGCAUGACAAAAGGCGUCUUCCUUACCCAAACAGCAUGACUAACUGGAUUUCAUCGGUUCUAGCCAAAUUUGUCAUGCGCCACUUGGAAACUGGGUUACAACUUUCAUCCAUUUUAUGCAUUACAAGGUAUUUCAACUUUGUCGAUUUCGAUCCUGACAGUUUCAUAAGAAGGAGUGGACGGAUUUGGCGAACUGGGUGGUGGACAACCAGCUGUUUUCCAAGAACAAUAUCCAAGAACAAAACUGUGUAAGUGUAACUUUGUGUUGCAGAAAACGCAAAACUGUUACACUUGUCAUGCUGGACAUGCAUCACUCAGAGGCAAUUUUCGUGCGUGUAGUUUUCACGUACUAGGUACUACGCAUGACAGGUUUUCUGUGUCAUGCAGAGCAAACUUGUGAUGCGAUUCCUCCAAGAAACUUACACUUACACAGUUUUUUUCCUGGAUAAACAAUCGUUGGAUGAUCCAGUGUCCGCGGGUUUUUAACGUGUUCAAGAAAUUGGGGUUCGUGGAAACCUUUCAAGAUUUACUGGACAACGUGUUUCAGCCGCUUUUCGAAGUGACGAUCAACCCGGCGGCGAACCCGAAGUUGGCGGAAUUUUUGACCUAUGUCUAGUGCAAAAGGGUCGUACUCGUAUACUAAUUGCAUUACAGAUUUCCUCAGCAUGAGAAAUAAAAUUUGCCAUGCUGAUUUACCCUAAGAAAAAGAUUUGUAAUGCAUGACUGCAAUCCGAGUGCGAUACUUUUGCACAGGAUAGGACCCACACUUCUGGGUUCGACUCCGUGGACGACGAGUCGAAGUUGGAGAUAAACCUUAUGCAAGAAAAAAACUGUAACUCUGUAAUGCAGAAUAUGCAACAGAGUUACACCUGUCAUGCCAGACAGCCAUGAAGUCCUCUUUUCACAUGUGUUUUCCCUUACAAGCCACGCAUGACAGAUGUUCUCUGUCAUGUAGAGCAAAUUUGUGAUGCUGGCAAUCAAAGAAAGUUACACUAACACUGUUUUUUUCUUGGAUAAACAUGGACACCUGCCUAUCACAGGAAAAAAGUGUUACAUGAAGCUCGGAACAUCAAGCAUGUCUGGCAUGACAGAGGUGGUCUGUCAUGCUGGGGUUGCAACACAAUGUAGCACUUUUUUCUUGUGAUACUGCCCCCCACCGCCGAAAUUUGGGAAGGACGUGCCGAAGGAGAAAACGACGGACAGCGACAACCCGCCCUACGCCUACUGGUGUUACUACAUGCACGCAAACCUGUACGUGUUGAACACCCUCCGCUCGAAGCUGGGGCUGAACACCUUCAAGUUCCGCCCGCACUGCGGGGAGUCCGGGUCGCCGUUGCAUUUAAACACCGCGUAUCAAAUGCAAAAAUGUCUGGGUCUGGAAACUUGUGUUGCUGAUACUUGCAUUGCAAACUUGCUGCUUGUACGGCAUAACGGCAUGAGAAAUUUCCCUCGGCUCCUUGCGGAUUCAUUCGUGUUUAGCAUUACAAACUGCCUGCCAUCCAGCACGACAAAAUAAAUCUGGCCAAUGGUAUUCAUGCAUAUACAGAUCUUGUUGUCCUUGAAGUCCUGCAUCACAAAUCCAGACUCAGACAUGUUUGCAAUGCAUACCGCGUUUUUGACCGCGGACAGCGUCAACCACGGGAUUCAAUUGUCCAACACGCCGGUCUAUCAACUGCAAAUAUCCACCCUGGACGUCGGGAAUAAAGUUGUGAUGCUGACUGGCGAAUCUGAUUCGGACGAUACAGAUGACGGCUCAGCAUGACAAAUUUCUGAGCUAUAAUGCCAGGGAUUGUCUAUCCAGCAUGACAAACUGCGUUUUUGUAUGACGGAAAGCCGUGGCUUUUGGGUAACGUGCAUGACAGACUGAAGUGUGUCAUGGUAGCCACGCAAGACAAACUUGCAUUCUUCGGGACAACAUCCAGGGAUAUUUGCAGUGGAUACGGUCCUGUGCUACCUGUACUACCUCUGCCAGGUCGGGUGCGCGGUGAGCCCGCUGUCGAACAACGCGCUCUUCGUUCCGUACAAGGACAACCCCUUUGACCUGCUGUAUGGAUGUGUCAGGAUCGAAAUCGACAAGGUUGAAAUUAUGAUUUGUGAUGCAUAAAAUGGAUUCCAGGUGUAAGUAACCCAGUCCCAGUUUCCAAGUGGCGCAUGACAAAUUUGGGUAGAGCCGAAAUCCACCUUGUGAUGCUGUUUGGGUAAGGAAGACGCUCUUUGUCAUGCUACUUUAGCAGCUCAGUUUCUACCCCUCAAAAGGCUCACAAUCUGCCUCCUGUGCCUACUCUGCAACACAGGCACUUUGUGGGCUGCAUUUUAUGCAUGGCAAAUCAUUUCAACUUUGUCGAUUUCGAUCCUGACACAUCCAUAUGCUGUUUUCCAUGGGCCUGAACGUCUCCCUGUCCAUAUCCUGAGUAAAAACGUCCCCACGCCAGAGUUGUAAUGCAGAUUUGCAAAGACAGGAAGACUUGUAAUGCGCAUCCCCAUCAGAGCCAUUUCCAAUCGUGUAUUGGAAUUUGUGACGCUGUGAACAGGAUGAGCAGAUCAAUCUGUGAUGCGGCUGCACUUGCUAACCUGCACUACACCGCGGAGUGCAACUUGUCAUGCGUGACUCCCAAAGCUCCUAGGUUUGUGUUGCAAAAUCCCCAUCCUGACUCUGGUGUGGGGACGUUUUUACUCAGGAUAGUCCACGGACGACCCCAUGCAGUUCCACAAGACGGAAGAACCUCUUCUGGAAGAGUACCAGGUCGCAAAACAGCUGUACAAGUACAGCAACAUCGACCUGUGCGAGAUCGCGCGGAACAGCUGCCUCCAGGGUGGGUUUUCGGACGCGACCAAAGCGAAGCAGCUGGGUACCAGCCUGUGGAACUUGUUCCCGUUUCCCCGGUCGAAUAACCUAUCAAGUGCAAAUAUGUCUGGGUCUGGAAGAAUGCAUGUUUGUCAUGCUUGUCUGGCAUGACUCUUAAAUCUCUCAUGCACGUUACCCAAGAGCAGCUCCAUUUUUCUGUCAUGCAGAAACGCAGUUUGUCAUGCAGAAUAGGCAACACGCAGGAGCUCAGAGACUUCAACUUGUCAUGCCGAGCCAGCACUUCUGGCCUCCUCACAAUACGCCACCCAGCAUCACAAGUUUCCAGACCUCGCAGACAUAUUUGCAAUGCAUACAACCCCGACGUGACCAACAUCCCGGACAUCCGGUGUCGCUACCGGUACGAGACCCUGAUGGACUAUCAAUUGCAAAAAUGUCUGGGUCUGGCAGGUUGCCAGGUUUGUCAUGCAUAUUUUGCAUGACUUAGGCUUUCUGUAAUGCAAUAUCUAGCAUCGCAUAUUUUUAGAGGCCUUCCUGAUGCCUAUCCCGCAUGGCAAAUACCCUCCUCACGUAGCACAAACUGGGCUCCUCUUGCUGGUCAUGCAAUACAGAUUUUUUUAGAGUCCAGCGUUAGCAUCACAAGUUCCAAGCUUCAAGACCCAGACACUUUUGCACUUGAUAUGGACCGCUUGUUUUCGAUUUUGCGCACGUUGAAUCUGGAGCAGAUUGAGCUCCCGGGGCUGCCGCACGUGAAGCCCACGCUGAAGGACGCCUUGGCGAUGCACAUGGAUUCAGUGGAGAAGACCGAGACCGCUUUUGGCGCGAAAAUCAUGAAGCACGUGGCUUAUCAUUUGGAAAAACGUCCCCCCUCCAGAGUUGUCAUGCAGAUUCGCAAUGACAGGAGCAUUUGUAAUGCGGAUCCCUAGGAGCAUGAGAGGCAUUUCUAGUCGUGUUCUGGCAUUUGUAAUGCUGUAACCAGGUGAAGUAGAUGGACUUGUGAUGCGUUUGUCCCUGCUAACCUACACUACAAUACGGGCCGCAAUUUGUGAUGUGUGAGUCCUCCCAAAACUUCUAGGUUUCUGUUGCAAAAUCCCCUUCUUGACUCUGGGGUGGGGAUGUUUUUGCUCAGCAUAUGGCGAAGCGGGUGAUCACGGACGUGAAAAAAAAGAAGUCGCUGGAGGGGGAGGACUACGAAUUGCAAAUAUGUCUGGAUGUCUGGAAACUUGUGAUGCUAGUUAGUGGAUCAUGAGCAACCUCCAAUACGGGGACGCGCAUGACAAGUUGCUGCUUCGACUAGGUAUUGCGUAAACUGCAUGAGAAAGAGCGUUUUUGCAUUGCAAAGAGGUAGCGCGGUAACGCAACAUGCAUGACAGAUCUUUCUCUCCUGUUAGCAGAGCAUUAUAAGUCUCGGAAUGUUCCAGACCCGGACAUAUUUGCAUUUGAUAAGGACCAGAGCCCCACGGGGAUCGAGAACCGCCUUUCCUCCGUGUUUUCCGUCGGGACGGCGAACACCGACGCGCAAAAACUGGACGAAAUCCGAUUGAUGCGAAAGCGGGCCCAGGAAUAUAUCAUAUGUAAAAAUGUCCCCACCCCGUAGUCAAGUUGGGAACUUAGCAACACAAAUCCAGAAGCUUUGGGAGCCACGCAUGACAAGUUGCAGUCCGUAGUGUAGUGCUUGUGAGCAAGGACAACCGCAUCACAAAUCUAUCUGCUCAUCCUGUUUACAGCGCUACACAUUCCAAAACACGAUUGGAAAUGCCUCUCAUAGAGAUGCGCAUUACAAAUCUUCCUGUGAUCGCGAAUCUGCAUCAUGACCACUCUGGGGUGGGGACGUUUUUACACGGGAUAGAAUACAAGGAGCUGGCGGCGCUCGCCACGAAGGAAAAGCACUAUUCCAGGAUACACGUGUCGCCCGAUAGUAAGCAGCUUUUCACGGAGACGGAGUUGAUGCAGCGGAAGGUGAUCUGCCGGGCGCUGCUGCACCUGAUCGCGUUGCGGGGCAAGUACUGCUAUCAAACGCAAAUAUGUCUGGGUCUGGAAACUUGUGAUGCUAGGAUGUGGAUGAUAGAAACAGUUCCGAAUGCAACCCAGCAUGACAACUUUGCAUAUACGCUUUCUCAUAGGCAAUCCGCAUGAGAAACUGCGUUUCUGUGAAAAAGAGGCCGCGACUUUUGUUGGUCAAGCUUAAGUAUGCAAUACAGAUUUCCUAGGUAUGGAAAGCUAGCAUUACAAGUUCCAACCUUCCAGAGGACCCAGACAUAUUUGCAAUGCAUAACUGCUUUCGCUCGAAAUUGUACGAGACCACCGGUGGGGCGAAAAAAAUCCGGACGCUCGUUUCCGGGGUCACGAAAAAUUUAGAAGACCAAAGUCCUAAGGAGCAGGAGCAAACGUCAAAAUACGCGGUCAAAAUCGCGGACACGACCAGCAACAGUUAUCAAAUGCAAAAGUGUCUGGGUCUGGAAAAUUGCUAGGUUUGUCAUGCAGGUUUUCCAUGACCCAGGCGGUCUGGCAUGCACGGCCUAGCAUGACAGGUUCUGUGAGAUCUCUCUCAUGCCUUUCCUGUCUGAGAAACUGCCUCUAAACUUGCUCAAAAGUGGACCUCUUUUGCUAAUCAUGCAACACAAAUUUUUCCACGAUCCAGAUGUAGCGUGACAAGUUAAGUACACUCGUCCAGACCCAGACAUAUUUGCAAUGCAUAACAGUGCACCGCCGACCCAGGAACCGGGGUCGAUGAAAAAUUUGAAGUUUUCCUUCCCGAAGGGCAUCUUGACGCUGACAGGAGGUUCUUCAUCUUCCUCGCAGAUCAUGACAAAGAACCUGAAGGUGCCGUCCUUUGAAGAAUUUCUCAGCGAUUUAUCCACAGGAAAAAACACAUCCACGUCCAAUUUGUCAUGUAAGACACCUAUCAAGUCACGUGUUUGUCAUGCAAAAAAUGGAUGUGGAUGGGUUUUUUUCUGUGGAUACGAUUUGGCAACGACCAGCAAGAUCGUGCAGGCUGCGGCAGUCCGGUCCUUCUGCUACCAACGGUUGGAGCUGCUGGAAAGGCUUUUUGACUUGCACAUGUUCCUAAACCACGAGCUGGAGCAGGACUCUGCUGAGAUGACGAAGCAGGACUUUUACUCGAUCGGCAAAGUGGACACGCAGGUGAAGCUCGCGUGCGCUAUGACAGCCCGGGAGUUGCUGGAGUUCACGAAGAAGAAGUGGCAGGACGUAUCCUGAUUAAAAACGUCCCCACACAAGAGUCAAGAUGGGAAACGUGCUAGACAAAUCAGCCAGCCUUGGUUGUCUGGCAUGACAAGUUUGUCCUCGUAAUGUAUUAAUCCUGUUUAGCUAAUUGUAAUUCAGAAGCAUCACAGAUCUAGCAUAGCAUGCUGGUUCUAGCAUCACAGAUUCGACAACACGAAUAGAAAAUGCUUCCCAUAGGGCUCCGCGUGAGAAACUUUUUUGGCAUGCAGAAUUGCGCGACAGCUCGGUGUUCGUGAGAUUAGAUUUCACAUGUUAAGUAACGCACACCGGCUCCUAGCUUAGAAAAUGAUGGUGAUGCAAAAGAUGAAAGGAAAUUCGCGCGUGGGAGCGCAUUAUUAAGCACAACGGGCGGGUGCCGUUCCCGCCGUCACACAAUCACAUACAAUACAUACAUGAAAAUGGGGCCUAAUCAAAAAAAAAAAGAAUUGCGCGACAGCUCUGGGGUGGGGACGUUUUUACUCCGAAUAGGACGCUGGGCACCCGUCCACUUUGCGGGAGGAGUUUGCCCACGCGGGGAUCGAGAAAGAGGAGCAGAUAUCAACUGCAAAUAUGUCCUCUGGGUCCACCUCUGGAAAGAUGCAAGGUUUGUCAUGCUUGGCUUGCAUGAUUCGCAAAUCUGCCAUGCACGUUACCCAAGAUGAAAAGCUUGAUUUUUCUGUCAUGCAGAAGCUCGCUUUGUCGUGUAGAGUAGACAUUAACACUGUAGUACCUCCAACACUUGUUAUGCUUGGCCGUCAAUUGAAGGAGCGCCCUCGUCUUUCUCAAUCAGCAUCACAAAUUUCCAGACAUCUUCCAGGGAUAUUUGCAUUUGAUAGCAGAUGACGGUCGACGCGUUGCAGGUGCAGGCCGACGAGAGUUUGUUUCAGAACUUUGAUAUGAAAUGCAAAAAUGUCUGGGUCUGGAAACUUGUAAUGCUGAAAGUGAAUGAUUGACGCGCCACAAUACGCAGGUAUGCAUGACAAAUUUUGUGGCUGCCAUGUCUUACGUAUUCCGCAUGGCAAACUGCCUUGUCGCAUGACAGUUAAGAGGGCUCUUUCGUGCCUACGCAACACAGAUUCUCGAGUCGUGCCAGACAAGCAUGACAAACUUGCAUUCUUCCAGACCCGCCAGACACUUUUGCAUUUGAUAUUUGAACUGUUUCAACAAAAAAAGAACGUGUACGGCAGUCGGCGCUUGCGGGAUCGGUUUCUGAAGCCGGUCUUAAUGAAGACGCCGAGUGCAACAUCUACGUCGAAGAGCGACGGCGUCGGGGAAAUGAACAAGCAAGAUUUUUUCGCGGAGAUUCUCAAGUCGGUGGUGCUAACCCGAGGAAAUAGCAACAGUGACGAGCGCGAAGAUAAUGAACGUCUUAGAAGUACAACAUCAGCAACAGCCAACAAAGCAGCAACAACUCCUAGCAGCCCAGUGAAGCGGCGCCUGGUCUCGAAUGCCGCGCUGCACAAGGCGCACAAGCAAACCUACUCGGAGUUUCGCAUCACCGUCACGGGGGCCUCGAAGCAGGAAUGGACCUCGGUCGCGCAGUGGGUCCAGAAAAAUUUCCCGACGCACAAAGGAGAAGCCGCAGGGGCCGCCGCGUCCAGGAAAAACGCGAAGUUUCUGGUGCAGAUUCCGCGGUCGUUUCAGGUGUGCAACAGCUUCCAACAGUGGCUGGGAAACCUGUUCCAGCCCCUGAUUGCGGUCACCUUGAAUCCGGACUCGGAUCCGGCGCUCUACGAUUUUUUGCUCUACCACGUGUCGGGUUUCGACUCCGUGGGAGAGGAGUCCAUGUCGACGACCUUCGCUGCCUAUGAACUGCAAAAGCAUCGUACUAGUAUAAAGUGCAUUACAAAUUUCCUCUGCAUGAGAGAUUAAUGCGGAUUUAUCUUGACAUGACAAAGAAAUUUGUAAUGCAUGAUUGCAAUCACAACUACGAGUACGAUACUUUUGCAAUGCAUACUGCCGGGCCUUCGGACCCCGCGAAACUGACGAAGAAGACGCAUAAGCACGUCAACUACCGGUAUUACCUCUACUUCCUCUACGCAAAUUUGUCCAUUCUCUCCAAGAUCCGGGAGUCUUUCGGCCUCAACUCGCUCGCCUUCCGCCCGCACUGCGGCAUGACCGGGUCCGUGGACCACUUGGCCUGCGGGUACUUGCUGGCGAACGGCAUUUCCCACGGACUCACGCUGAAGUCCAGUCCGCCCUUAGUAUGGAUUGCAAAUAUGUCUGGGUCUGGAAGGUUGGAACUUGUCAUGCUGGCUUUCCAUAAGUAGGAAAUCUGCAUUGCAUAACCAACAAAAGUCGCGGCCUCUUUUGUGCAUGCAAAAACGCAGUUUCUGAUGCGGAUUCCCUAUGAGAAAGCGUUCUGGAAAGUUGUCAAACUGGGUUGAUGCAUUCGGAACUGUUUCUAUCAUCCACAUUUUAGCAUCGCAAGUUCCCAGACCCAGACAUUUUUGCAUUUGAUACUUGGCGUACGUCUACUACUUGUCCCAGAUCGGGAUCGCCCUGUCGCCGUUGUCCAACAACGCCCUGUUCCAGCGGUUGCCGAAUUCUCCCUUCUACGACUUUUUCCGGUGGGGCCUGAACGUCAGCCUGUCGACCGACAUGCCACUAUCGCGAGGAAAAUAAACCCCCCUCCCCAUAAAUAUCAACAAGGUACGUUUAUUCCGAAAAUUUGUGUUGCUGAUUUGAGCUGACCACAAAUCGCGUCUGUCUUGCAAGAAGACAACUCCACAAGCUCCGCAGCAUUGUGUAGAAGGUUUGCGCUCAUGAUGCUGAUGGGCCUACAGCGCGGACGCUUCUCAUGCUAGACGCCUAGAGCAAAGCCUUUCCACUUAGGCUUAGUAUGGGCCUGUGUUCAUCCUCUCCAGCAAGACAAAUCUGAUUUGUCUACGCAAGUCCUGCGUCAGAAACUUCGUUUUGAUAUGGGGAGGGACGAUUUAUUUUCCUUUUGAUAGCCACUCCUGUUUCACGCCACCGACCACCCGCUGCUAGAGGAGUACACCAUCGCGCAGCAGUACUGGAAGAUGUCCCUGACCGACAUUUGCGAGAUCGCGCAGAAUUCCGUCCUCCAGUCCGGGCUGGACCCGCAGGUAAAGGAGCAGCUCCUCGUAUUGUGAGGAAAAAUCUCCCCUCCCCAUAUCGAACAGGAGAUUUGUGAUGCUGAUUUGUGACUACAAAUCAACUUUGUCUUGCGUACAAGGCAAACGGCACCCAUGUGGCGCAUUGUGCAGCGAGUCUGUCGUCCGUUUCCGCCUAUGUCAGACUUGUUGCUCAUGCUCAGCUGCGACCCGGAUGCGUACCCACAUGGACUUAAAAUAUGCUGACAAGCUCUUGCUGCAAUACAAAGCUCAAUUGCGUACUCAAAUCCAGCAACACAAAUUGUCUGUUGAAUAUGGGGCGGGGGCUUUUUUCACUUUGAUACCUCGGGCCGAAUUGCGUCUACAAGUCGUGGAAGCACAAGUCAAAGUACUGGAACCACUCGGACUACGGGAAGAAAAAAGUGUUACAGUUACACAUUGUGUUGCAGACAAAGCAAGAGAGACAAGGUCUGUCAUGCCGAAUGUGCUCAGGUACUUGAUUUCAUAGGUGUUUUUGCUAAUGAUCUCUGCAUUGCAAGUUUCGGCUGUCAUGCAGAGAAAGUUUGUGUUGCUGAUUGUGAUUGCCCAACAAAUGUGUAACUGUAACACUCUUUUCCUUGGAUACGGACAAGUCCAACGUAACGGACAUUCGGGUAUCGUACCGGCGCCGGUGUUACGAUUUGGAGAUGGACCAACUGAAAUUCCACGGCGUGGUAUCAAAAGGAAAAAUCCCCCCACCCCAUAGCAAAAAGAAGUUUCUGAUGCUGGAUUUCAGUACACAAAUCAGAUUUGUCGUGCAGAUUUGUCUGCAAUCCUCUAAUAGAGGAUUGCAGGCAUACGCCAAGCCUGAGCCACGACGUUUUGGCGUAGGCUCCUAGCAUGAAAAACGUCGAUGGUCUAGGGCCAACAGCAUCACAAACCGCCUGCAUAAUGCGGCGGAUUCUCUGGAUCUGCUUGCAUGCAAGACAGACAGGAUUUGUGGCCACAAAUCCGCAUCACAGUUUUUCAGAAGGAUGCGCUUUCAAUAUGGGGAGGGGGGAUUAUUCCUCACAAUACGUGGUGGAAAAAGGCGACGUCCACAGCCGUUUAGACGAACACCCGGACGUAUCGCAAGAAAAAAACUGUGUAAGUGUAAGUUUGUAUUGCAGAAGAUGAUGCGAGACAGUCACGCUUGUCAUGCUGGAUGUGCGUGGUCAUAGGGUCAGACCAUACGCGUUUUGACGUGCUACCUGCGCAUCAUGUUGACAGGUUUUUUCUAUAAACGCAAAGCGAAUUUGUGAUGCUACUCAACCUCCAAAGUUCUUACACUUAAACACUUUUUUUCCUCUGCAUAGGACGACCCAGCGGUGUGGCCGAAACUCUCCAAGGCGGCGGCGGAUUGCGGCGAGGAGCUGCAACUGCUCGCGGGGAUCGAUGGUGACGGGGCGGAUUUCACCCGAUUUGUCGGUGCGGGAAUGGACUCCUCGGCCGAGCUGCCGCACAGUUCGAGUGCCUUUUUCAUGGGAGGCGGAAAAAAGAGCGGGUCGGGGGCCUCGUCCGGGUUCUGUGCGGUCAUGUAA